CAAUAUCUCUCUCUCUAUCUCUCUCCCUCUCUGGAUCGAGGGGUUUUAAGCUGGGGUUUUUAUCGUUGCCUUAGAAUUUGGAGCCUUUAUACUUCGAUUUGGGUUUCUUGGUACCUCCGAAACCCUUAACCUCCUCCCAAAUUUUACUCCUUUCGCUAGGGUUUUCAAUUGGGUUCUUCGUGAGUGUCUGCCGGAGUUUGUCUGGUCCUUCUUCCUAGUUGAUUCCGCUGCUCCGUGGGUUUUUACAACGGGGAAGUCUUCUUCUCCGGUACCUAGAUGAGAAUUCCGUGGGAGAUGAGUUAAACAAUAUUGGUGUCAAAGGAAUGCAAAUUUCGUUGGGUUGAUUCAAGAAAUGGUUUUACAUUUUACGCUGUGUAAAGUUGUAAUAAAGGUUGAAUAUGACCAAUGGAGGCGGAGAGGGUGGAAGUCAGCGGAGAGAACUACAAGGGAAAAGAAGUAUUUCUCGUGGCAAUGAUUUUUCGUACGCCGUUGUUAAAAUGGCCGCUGCGCAAAUAUGUGAGAGCGUUGAGAUUAACAGUUACCAGGAAUCACAGACACGCGAAGGUUUGAGAUUCAGUUCUUUUCAAGAGACUGCUCUUGAAACACUAACUGAUGUAGUGAUUCAAUACAUUCAAAACAUUGGGAAGACUGCGAAGUUCUAUGCUAAUAUGGCUGGUAGAGUAGAAGGUAAUGCUCUGGACAUUGUUCAAGCACUGGAGGAUUUGGGAUCUGGAUUGGGUUUCGAAGGUGCUCAUGAUGUUGAGCAUUGUCUUGCUGAUUCUGGUGUCGUCAAGGAUAUUAUUCGUUAUACAGGAGAAGCGGAGGAGAUUCCUUUCGUUUAUUCUCUUCCCCGUUUCCCUUUUAACAGAGGAAAAAGACCAGCUCCUAGCUUUUCCGAUAUUGGAGCAGAGCCACCAGAUGAGCAUAUUCCAGUUUGGCUUCCUGCAUUUCCUGAAACCAAGAUGUCUAACGGGUCAGAGGAGACUAAUGUUGACAAAAUAGAAGGGGAUGUGCAAAGUAGAGAAAAUGGACCAUCUUUGUCUAGUAUGCAGCAGUCUGUCGAUGUUGUUGAUAGGUUAAAAGUUCAGAAAUCCAUGGAUCAAAAGGAUGUUCAGAAACCAACUGAGGAACCGGAACCGGAAGGUAACCCAUUUCUUGCUGCACCACUUUGGGUUGGAGAGAAGAACUUGUCACGUGUGUUUCCCCCGUCAGAGCUAACGAAAGAAGAAAUUAGCAUUAACCACGUUCCUGAGAAACAUAUGAGCAAGAGCCAUCACAUUCCAGCACUUGAGGCAUAUGCUCUAUCUGAUAAGAUCAACGACAAGAACAGAUUAGCUGAAAUGGAAGAUGGAAAGAAAAGAGAUGGUGGAAGAACAGAACGAGCUUUGCUUCGUUUCAAGAUUGGGACUCGAAAAGCCUCUGUGUGUUGGACGUUAAAUCAGUGCUUAGAGGAAAAGGGUUGGUUUCAUGAGGAUGGAGACAAGAGGGAGAAGAAGGUAGAAUGCGAAGAAAAGCGCGAAAUUAUUGACGCAGAUGUAAAAUAGGUAUUUUGUCAUUUAGAAUUUGUAGACAGAAUAUCUUCCCAUCCUGAGUUUAGUGAUAGUUUGCAAUUGAAUACAUGACUUUUUUUAGG